GUCGCUUUUGCAACAGUGCAGUUUUUAAUAGUAUUUAUCACGGAACUUUUGAGACUAGUUAUAAAAUGUUUUAUUCAAUAUUAUUGUUCGAUGUGCUUCUGAUCGGGAUAGCCAGUUGUGGAGUUUUGCCUGCGGACAAAUGUAAAUUAGAAGACUCGUCAUGCAUGAUUCCGGCUUUUCAAAAGGUGGUCCCUAUUUUCAUGGCUGGUAUACCAGAGUACGGAGUUGAAGUAUUGGAUGUAAUGAAACUUGAUGAUGUAAAAUUUGAGCUAGCUGGCCUAAAGUUCGGUCUAAACGACGGCACCGUUAAAGGAUUAAAGAACUCCAUUAUAGACGAUGUUAAAUGGGAUGUUAAAAAUAAGAAAAUAAAUGUUGCUUAUCAUGUCGACUGUAGCAUUAAAGGCCAUUAUACCGCUGCGGGCCGCGUGCUUAUCUUGCCAAUAACAGGUGAUGGCCAAAUGAAACUUAAAUUGAAAAAUUUGAAAAUCAAAUUGAUACUUAACUAUGACAUUGAGAAAAAAGAUGGCAAGGAACUUGUCAAACCAACUUCGUUCAAUUACGAAUAUGAAGUCAAAGAUGGCGCCCACUUCGAUUUCACAAAUUUGUUUAACGGAAAUAAAGAACUGAGUGACGCAAUGAUGAUGUUCUUGAAUGAAAACUGGAAGGAAAUAACAAAGGAAUUCGGAGGUCCAAUGUUAGAAGAAUCCGCUAAAAAGGUUUUCAAGAGCAUUGCUGGAUUCUUUUCUAAAAAUCCUAUUGCAGAUAUCGCUCACGUUUAACAAGUUUCACGCGGUGGCGAUUUAUAUCUUUGAAUA